AUGAUCGAGAGCUACAUCAUCCUCUUAGCUAUCGUCUGCGCAGUCCCCAUUGCAGAAGCAUGGCGCACCACUCGAAAGAAGGUGAAUGGUAUGCCACUCCCACCUGGACCGCGCCUGCUGCCAUUCGUAGGAAAUGCCCUUGACAUCGAUAUCGCUCGUCCAUGGUUAACGUAUGCUAAGUGGGCAAAGCAGUAUGGUGACAUUGUAUACACGCGCUUCCUUGGUUUGCACUUCGUCGUCAUCAACUCCGAGAAAGUCGCCAGAGCCAUUGUGGACAAACGCUCAGCAAUAUAUUCUGACCGUCCCCACAACGCUACGAACGAGUAUUUUGGCAUGUCGUUUAACACUGCCCUCUUGCCAUACGGUGAUACAUUCCGGACGCAUCGCAAAAUUUUUCACCAGACCCUGCGUGCUGAAGCAUCAAAUUCGUACCAGGAUCUGUAUCUCCGUAAGGCUCAUGAACUCGUCGUUAAUCUCUUGGAUGCCCCCGAGGAUAUAGAAAGACACUUCAACACACUUUCGGCAUCUCUCAUAAUGGCGGUCACGUAUGGAUACGAGACCAAGCCAAGAGAUGAUCCCUUCGUGAACUCCGUUCAGAAGGUCAUUCGGAUAGCUACACAUGCCUUGUCUCCGGAAACAUCAGCCUGGAUGAUGCUUUUUGCUUCUCCGGAUCGGCUGCCGUCCUUUUUUCCUGGUGGAAAGUACAUGAAGCAAGCCCCAGAGUGCCGGAGACUGGUCAAGGAAGUCAUGGAAAAGCCCUUUGAAUAUGUCAAAAAACAAAUGGCAAAAGGUGUAGCCCAUCCAUCUAUGGUAUCAGACUUCCUGAACCAAGGGGACAAAAGUCAAGUUCACGCUCAUGAACAGAUGAUGAAGGAGGUUGCUGCAGCUGGAUACAUUGCCGGGUCUGAAACGACCUCGUCAACUAUGCACAUGUUGAUACUGGCGUUACUUCUUUACCCUGAAGUCCAGGCUCGCGCCAGAGCGGAGAUUGAUGCAGUGUGCGGAAGUGACAGAAUUCCAACACUCCACGAUAGGAAUUCACUCCCGUACAUUGAGGCUACCUGUCGUGAAAUUCUCAGAUGGAAGCCUGUUGUACCUCUCGGCAUUCCGCACGCCACCUCAAGUGAUGAUGUUUAUGAUGGUUUCUUCAUUCCCAAAGGUGUUCUAAUAUCAGCAUCGCGUGUUACUGAUCGUGUUUCUCAAAGGGAUGGAUUCAUAGUAGCUAAUUCUUCCCACAGGGUGAUGGCCCACGAUGAGGAGAUUUAUCCCAAUCCAUCACGCUUCGAUCCCAGUCGACACUUGACUGCAGACGGAAAGUUGAAAGGUGAACCGACAUCCAGUCAUUUCGUUUUUGGAUAUGGAAGGAGAAUUUGUCCAGGUCGUUUCUUCUCGGACAACGCCAUAUGGGCGUCCGUCGUGUCAAUCCUAUCGACCGUCGAGAUCACAAACGCGAAAGACGAGGACGGCAAGGACAUUGACGUCAAGCCGGAAUUCACGAGUGGUCUUUCGAUCCACCCCACGCCGUUUCCGUGCUCCAUACGGAGCGUUUCUUCAGCUAGGGAAGCACAGAUGCGAAUGAUGUGGAAGGCAGAUCCAGUAACUGGAAAGCCAGUGUAG